GUCUUUAUAACAGCUGUUUUUGCUCUCCUUCGAGUGUUGAUGAUUUUAUUAGGACCUGAUCUUUGAUGCUCCUUUGCGUCCACCUUUUAAUCUCGAAGUGACGCGCUUUGUCUGCUUUCGUAAACGUAAGAAUUAGUUAUCGUGUGCGUUUCCUGACACUCCAUUGCAAUUGAUUACAUAUAUGAGGGUUCACGAUCGAUCCAGAUCGAAGCAAUAUGGAGAGCCAUUUAAGUAACAGUGUUAGAAAACAGUUGUUUGAAGCCUGCACAACAGGUGAUCUUGACACACUACUACAAGCCAUUUACCACAAUCAAGAUGUAGUAAAGGAGCUAAUUUGUGGAGAAGAUGUAGCUAGCUCAACUUUGCCGAGAAAUUUUCUUCAUGUGGCCUGUGAAAAUGGCCAUUUGGAAGUGGUACGUCAACUUGUAGCCUUUGGUGCUAAUGUCAAUCAAGUUGUUGAAGAAAUUGGAACUCCCUUAUGUGUUGCAUGUAUAAAAGGAUAUGCAGAUAUUGCAAAAUAUUUGUUAAAAGAAGGUGCAUCUGUACAUAAUCCUGUAUUUGGUCAUUUGUCGCCAAUUUUACUUGCCUGUAAAUCUGGAAAACAUGAUGUAGUGGAAUUUUUAUUAUCUGAGCAGCCCAGUCUCCUUGGAUCCCAUGGACCAUUGUUACUCUAUGAGGCAUGCAGACUUGGGCAUGUCCAGCUGGCAAGACUGUUGAUCAGGAGAGGUGUUGAUGUGAACCCACCAUCUACAUCGUUAGACUCCCAGGGAAGGGAAUCACCAGGCAGUCCUCUCAAAGGUGCAUGUGAAGGUCAUCAGACUGCUGUUGUUAAUUACCUUAUUGAAAAUGGGGCCAAAGUGACCUGUGAUCUUGUAGAGAAUUAUUGGGAACUUAUUGGAGAAGCUCUAAUGAGAUACACCAAAGAAACUAGGAACAAACGCAAGACAGCACUUUCUUUUGAAGUUGAUCCAAGUGUGACAAUGUUUUCUGCUGCUUGGAGUAAGAAAAAUUUGUACGCCAUUCAUAAAGCUUGGUUUGUUAACUUGUCAGCAAGACUUGUGAGUAUUGACCUGUCUGAUAACUGCAUUAAGGAGCUUCCAGAAGAGCUGUUUAAUAUUCUUCCAGCCCUUGAGGAGCUUGAUGUGUCUAGAAAUCAAUUGAAAUCUUUACCAGAAGUUAUCAGCAGCUACACAAGGAUACAAAAGCUAUCAGCUUUUGAUAACCAGCUGACAUACGCCCCUGUCUCUUUGUUUCAAUUACCCACAAUGAAGAAACUAAACCUCGCUCAGAACAAUAUCUCUUCCUUAUUUGGCGAGCUGGAAGAGGGCGAGGAAGCUGAUGGCGACACAUGGGGCUGUACUGCACUGAAGGUUCUAACAUUGUCAUUCAAUCAGCUAAAAAGUUUACCUAACGGUAUUCAGGGAGCUGUCGGGCUCACAAAACUAUAUCUGGAUCACAAUAAUCUACGAGACUUUCCGAUGGCUUGGAAAUGCCCCUUGGAAAUCCUUGACCUUUCGCACAAUAAGUUAACCAGUUUUUCCUGUAACAUGGAAAUGGUGUGGGACACCUCUCUGAAGCGUCUCUAUCUUUCAAGCAAUAAUCUGGGAUCCAUUUCUUGGAACUUGUGUCAGUUGUCAGGACUUCAAGAUCUAGAUAUGAGUCACAAUAACAUUCGAAUGUUGCCAAAGCCAGAAUUCUGGACAUGCAGCACUUUGCACAAGCUAAACCUUUCCUUCAACAAGUUAUCCGCCAAACCACUUGUCGAGUCACAGAUGGGUUCUUCAACACUGAAGCGUUUCCAAUUUUUCAAAGCCUCCAGCUCAGAAGAUGGUCAAGAAACAAAGACUGACUGUGAAUUUCCUACAGCACUAUUUUCUCACACGCUAGAGACACUUUCUGUAAACGACAACAACUUACAUUCCUUACCCUUAAGCAUCUGCGGAUUGAUGAGCCUCAUCGAACUGGACCUAAGCAAUAACCCUGAACUGCGCACACUUCCUCCUGAACUUGGCAACUUACGCGAUUGCUGGCAGCUCCGAUUGAACAAACUAAAUCUUUCAGGCAUUCCUAAACACGUCAGACCUGGUGAGAUUGGUGUCCGACCAAAAGACACGCUGGCAUACUUACGAGCAACUCUUCGGAAGUCUGUACCGUAUUACCGCAUGAAACUGAUGGUGGUAGGUUUACAGGGUCGAGGGAAGACAACUUUGCUGUCUGCUUUAAAAGGUCAAAAACUGCCACCUAACCUGUCCACUGUGGGAAUUGUGAUUGACGAAUGGCAGGUUCAGAUCGGGGCCAGUUCAAGGUUUUCAUUACAGCGCUUCUUAACACAGAGUGACGCACCAUUAAUAACGUUCAGCACUUGGGAUCUUGCGGGGCAAAAUGUUUAUUACGCGGCUCAUCAAAUGUUUUUGUCGCCUCAUACUCUGUACCUGGCCGUGUGGAACGUGACACAUGGAGAAGAAGGAGUGGAGAGUCUGAGACGUUGGCUUCUCAACAUACAGGCUCGUGCACCGUCUUCCGAAGUUUUGAUUGUCGGAACACAUCUGGACUUGCUUCCGAAGAAAAAUCGACAAGACCGCGUGGAUGCACUGAAGCAAAGCAUCGCGCUGAAGUAUUUGGACAACCAAGGAUUUCCGAAGAUUGUCGGCAAUAUUGUUGUGUCGCCGACGACUGGCGAGAACAUUCCGGAGUUGAAAGAACUGAUUUACAGCAAGGCGUUAAAAGUCAAGGAUCAUGGAGAAAACAUCAUUGGUCGAAUGGUACCACAAAGUUACAUCGACCUCCAACAAGCUGUUAUACAAGAGGCUGAGCGCCGGAGAACCACAGGCGAACCACCCUUACUCUUGGAAGAUGAAAUCUUGCAACUCGCCAAGUGCAGUCCACAGAAUGACAUCUUAGAUACUGAGGAGCUAACACUAGCCACCAGAUUCUUACACGAGAAUGGUGUGUUACUUCACUACAAUGAUCAGCUGCGGGGCCUCAAUCAUCUUUACUUUAUUGACCCUGCUUGGGUCUGUGAUCUUAUUGCGACUCUUGUCACCGUCCGAGAGAGAAAUCCUUUUAUUGUUAACGGUGUCAUGAAGAAGAAGGAUUUGCAGUUGGUGUUGAGAGACCCCAAAUUCCCCCAAAAUUUUAUACUACAGUAUCUGCAACUAAUGGAGCGUUUCGAGAUUGCUCUCUCUAUAAACGAGGAACAGCUUUUAAUUCCUUCAAUGCUACCAAAAGAGAAACCAGGACUGCAGCUUCACAAGCUUCAGAAGUUGAUGGCCAAGAGAAAAAAGUCAAACGAACAGGGCAGAUUUUCCAGUAGUCGUGGCAGCAGCUCACUAGACAAUUCAAACAUCAACACAGUGUGUAGGAAUUACCAGAUGGCCUACACGCCGAGCGGGUUCUGGAGCCGACUCAUUACCAGGCUUAUUGUGUCCGUUCAAAGAUGGCGGACUAUUGAGCAAAUAAAGGAAGAAAGCUAUUCUUUGGUUUACUGGCGGGAGGGGAUUGGUGUCGUGUAUGAGGGAGGUUACUUCAAGGUGGAAUCAUACCAAGAAUUGAUCCCUGUAAAUCAAGGAAAGGCCGUCUUCCAAGAAAUCAAUGGUGUCGCUAUCACUGUAUGGUCAGAACAGCGAGACUUUGCUGCUAUUGGAUUCAUUGUCGAUCAGAUUGACGCUCUCAUUUCGGAAUGGUAUCCGGGUCUCGACGAGACUGACAUGUAUGGGUUGCCAUUGGUCCGUCGUUUAAUUCCGUGUCCGCUUUGUAUCAACUGGAUGACUCACCGCAAAUCAAUGAAACGAUCUGUUUCUAUGGAGUUUCCAUCCACUCUUCCCUCUAAUUUUCUUAUGUUGCAAACUCUUCAUCCGCACAAUUUCACUCUGCCGGAAUGCGCAGCAACUGCGAUGCGUUUUUCAACUAUCAGCUGUCCUUCCCAUCCGGAUAGAGUGGUGUCCAUAUCGCUUCUUAUCCCGGACUUGUUAAUGGCAGACCUACCCCGGCAGUUACUUGUGGAUCAAACUCAAUUCAAGUUCGACCCGCGAGAAUCACAUAAGAUUGGCGGUGGUGGCUCUGGUGAAGUGUAUCGUGGAUCAUAUCGAAACGAGACUGUGGCGGUGAAAAUAUUCCACUCUAUAGGCCAAACUGGCUCUCUCCUUGACAGCGGACUUGGAAACACUGGGCCCUCUCCUGGAUCCAGGACUUUAAGUGGAUCCUGUUAUAGGUCCCAUGUGAGUGAGGGCUCAAGUGGCCGGAGAUCUGAUGUGUACACUGCCAACACUGAACGUGACAUGGAGGAGGAACUGGAAAGGACUAAGGUUGUCAAAGCUUUCUGGGACUUACGUCAAGAGGUAGCAGUCCUUUGCCGAUUGAAUCAUCCAUGUGUUGUCAGACUUCUUGCCGUUUCUCUGCGUCCACUAUGCUUUGUUUUGGAGCUCGCCCCUUUUGGUAGUUUAGCUACAGUCCUUGACGAGCUCUCAUCAAAGCGUGAAGCUCGAGAGAACGAAGGCAGCCAAGUUUCCAGGAGCAGGGAGUCAAUUCUUGGGCGUGAAUUAUCCUAUAAAAUCGCUUUCCAGGUCGCCAGUGCCCUUUGGUAUCUCCACGACUGUAACAUUAUCUAUCGAGAUCUGAAAGCCGACAAUGUUUUAGUUUGGUCCAUGGAUGAGUCCGCUUUAUUGAACGUCAAACUAUCUGACUACGGAAUCUCGUGUUUCGCCACACCUCAAGGAGUUGCUGGAGAGGAAGGGACUCCAGGAUAUCAGGCUCCGGAAAUUCGCACUGGAGUCGGUUACGAUGAAAAGGUGGAUAUUUUCUCCUUUGCAAUUUUUCUGUUUGAGCUGCUGACAGGAUGUCGUCCUUUUAGUGAUUAUCGCAAUGUCGUGGACAUCAAGAAAGCGAUUCGACGAGGGGUGCGGCCUUCACCUCAGCUUGAAUUAGAUUCACAAUUGCCAAGAUUAGAACGGCUAAUGAGAUCAUGCUGGCAUCAGUUGCCAGAGAAGCGUCCUCCUGCAAGCGAAAUUUUAAAAGAGAUGGAAGAUCCAGCUUUCUUAUGUCAGUGUCGACUGUUACCAGCCACUGAUGAAAACUUGUUGGAGAAAGUUACAGCAAUUUAUGCCUUAUCAAAUGUUGCUUCUGGCAAUCCCAAGGUCCCUGAGGCUAUGGAGGGUUCUUCAACUGAGAUCGCUUCGAACUUUAUUCUGAUUUGGAGUCGUGAACGAAAUGAUCGGUACUACAGUAUAAUCAACUGUGAGACAGGAGUGUUCCAUACACAAGGACAAAACUGUGAGGGACAUAGAGUGCUUUGCAUGACGAGAGUUGAAAAUCGAACUUGGCUUGGCACGGAGGGGUGCACUAUAGAGGUGUUCGGACGGACGUCCUGGCGUAAUCCCUCAAUUCUGUGGUCGUAUACCACUAAGGCUCCAGUUCUUGCGCUGUUGACGGAGUAUUUUCCAACAGAUGAGGACCUUCCUGAAAAGGCAGAGCUUGAGAGUGGCACAAGAGUUAAAAGUGUAUUUGCUUCCCUUGCCAAUGGUACCCUGAUAGUGUUCACUCCUAAAACUAGAUUAGCACGAAGAUUUUCGCAUGCUGAUGUCACUCUAGAAACGAAAGGCGAGGAUGAACGGUUGAAAAAGGAAAGUGACAAGUGGUCUAACUUUCAGGUUGUUAACCUUGGUCAGUCUGGUAUGCCCACCAAAUGUAUGGUUCUCGUAUUCAAUAAUAAAGAACUGUGGGUUGGAUGCGGCAACAAGAUUGUGAUAGUGGAUACCAACACCUUGGUAAUUCUAGACGAGAUUGCGGUGUACCAAACGCAAAGGACGCAUGUCCGGAUCAUGGUAACGGACGGAACACGUGUUUGGUGCGCGGACAGGAGGUCAUCGAAAAUUUUACAAUGGCAAGUUAGCAGUCGUCAGCUGACCAAUAUUUUUGACUGUGAUGUUAACAGUCCAGUUGGAAAAGUUUUAGACACAAACAUAGUAGAGUCCCGCCGUUUCACUUCAAGAAAAGGUGAUGAUGAACGCUCUUCCCGUCGUGACAGAACAGUCAGUGACCCACCUGAUAUGUGCGAGCCCUCUUUCACUGAAUCGAUGUUUAAAGAGGCGAUGGAUCGUAGUAUCAAUGAAGAAGGCGACGAAACAAACUCUUUGCGUAAAGAGGAUUCACUUCCUCGUCGAAUUGGUUCUGACUUUGGUCGAAAUACAACAGAAAAUGAUCGUCAUGAGGAUUCUGGAAAUAUGGAUUCGAAACAGGUUCAGGCAUUUUCCCGUUCUCUGUCCCUACCAGCGGAAACCGUCUCCGAUGAGGGUGGAAUUUCUUCUUUUUGUAGCACAGAUACAACGAAAAGUAUCACAGUUCUUGCUCAGGCUAGCAGUACCCCGCAGGAGUCUCACUCUCAAACCGAAGAUUUUCAAACAAACGAAGAUUCUGUUUCAGUAAUUUCCGAAAAUGUUCCAACUUUAAUCGAAAAAACAGCGACAAUCGAUAAUAUUCGAAACUCCGGCGAGGAAGUCAUAGAAUCGAGAUGCGACGCUACUUCCAAUCAUGGCAAAAGUGAUGCAUUAUCUAUGACAUUAUCAGUUGAAACUAUUCCUGAAAUUACAAUUGAAGCCCAGAGACAGACAGGAGACAACAAUGUUGAAGAUGAAAAAGAGACCGAAACAGUAACCAGAGAAGCUGUCGACAAAAGGGAAGGUGCAGAUUUUGAGCUCGUUGACCGCGAAGAAACUCGUCAAGCUUUCAUCGAAGGUGCACGAAAAAGUUUAGGCUCUGAAAGCUCGAUAUCCCGUCCAUGUGCUUCUAUGACGUCGUUAAGGCAGCCUUUCAAUUCACCUUCUCGAACUCCCUCGCUUAUGAGUUCAACCAGGAGAAAAUCUCAACGGCGACAGGAGAAAGAUGAAGGCAACAAGUCACCACUUAGUAAACCGUGGGCAGCGAGACCUCGGAUACGAAUACUUGCUGGCACAAUUAAUCGUGUGACAGCACUUUCGUUAGUGAAUGGCACGUUGUGGAUUGGACGAGGAGUUGGUGACGUGCUAACACUGAACGUCAACUCAUUUAAUGAUGAUGUUCCUUUGGGUCUUGUGUUCGCUCAACUCGAGAGUGACAAUCUUCUAGGUUACGAAAAUGGUCAAGUGGAUGAAAUUGUCAGCAGUGGCAUGGACAAGGUGGUCUGUUUGCGUCGCCUGGAGACUCCAAGAGGUAGCGUGAAUACUACAGAACGCGGUUUGGAGCGCUAUCAGUUGGUCCUGUGGGAGGCCUGGGGAGACACGGAGUUUAGAAAAUUUAAUUCGCGGCUGGAGGAGUUUAACUCCUUGAUUCCGUAAUCAAUGCUACUAUGUUAUAGCAUGUUACUAUGUUAUAGCAUGUUAUUAUGUUGCCACAAAAUCCUUUAAGAGAGUUUCUUUGCUUGACUAUUCCUCGUGUUCGUACUAUAUUUACUUCCCCUUCUGCAAAAGUUCGAAGGAA